CUUAUAUAUGACAGCUUCGCUCAGUACAUGGUGAAAAGAAAAGGAUAUAGUAAAGAGCUUCUGAAUGUGAUGCCUGAACACUGGGAUUUCUGCUGCAAGGGCUUGGUGCUGGACUUGGAAGAAGGGAACUUUCUUAAACUUUCAGAUGAUGGAACUAUUUUGAGGGCAAGUCAUGGUACAAAACGUAUGACUUCUGGAGAGAUCUUGGACAAAUAUGGAAGGAGGGAGUGGAAACACUUUAAGACAAUGAGCGGAAUGAUUUCUCGUUCAGCUAAAUACUAUGCCUAUGACAAUUACUUUGAUCUGCCUGGGUCACUUCUUUGUGGACGGAUUGUGGAUGGUUUAGACAAACACAGCUCUAGAAGAAAAUAUGACUUCUGGAAGGAUAUGGUUGGUGCCAUACAGCAUAAUUAUAAAACAUCAGCUUUUAAAGGUGAGUGGCUUCCCUGUCUUUCAAGGGCUAUUUCUUUGUUGAAG